GCCACGCACCGCCCUUUCCUCUGUUGCUCAAGCAACGAACAUGGAGACAGCUGGAAAAGUGAUCAAGUGCAGGGCUGCAGUUGCCUGGGAACCUGGGAAGCCUCUCUCUAUCGAAGAGGUGGAGGUAGCGCCGCCAAAGGCCCAUGAAGUCCGCAUCAAGAUCUUUGCUACCGGGGUGUGUCAUACUGAUGCCUACACUCUUAGCGGCAGUGACCCUGAGGGACUUUUCCCUGUCAUCUUGGGCCAUGAGGGGGCUGGAACAGUUGAGAGUGUCGGUGAGGGUGUCACCAAAUUCAAGCCAGGUGAUACUGUUGUCCCCUUGUACGUGCCACAGUGUGGGGAAUGCAAAUUCUGCAAAAAUCCCAAGACAAACCUUUGCCAGAAAAUCAGAGUAACCCAGGGCCGGGGCCUGCUCCCUGACAACACCUCGCGCUUCACUUGCAAGGGAAAGCAAGUGUUUCACUUCAUGGGGACCAGCACCUUCUCUGAGUACACUGUAGUGGCUGACAUCUCUCUGGCAAAAGUGAAUGAAAAAGCCCCACUGGAUAAAGUCUGCCUUCUUGGAUGCGGCAUUUCUACUGGUUACGGCGCUGCUCUCAACACUGCCAAGGUUGAGCCUGGUUCCACUUGUGCUGUGUUUGGCCUUGGAGCUGUUGGCCUGGCUGUCAUUAUGGGCUGCAAGGUUGCCGGGGCAACCAGGAUCAUUGGCGUUGACAUCAACCCUUCAAAGUUUGAGAAAGCAAAGGAAUUUGGUGCCACUGAGUUUGUGAACCCCAAGGACCACAGCAAGCCUAUCCAGGAGGUGCUGGUCGAGAUGACUGAUGGAGGAGUGGACUAUUCUUUUGAGUGCAUUGGAAAUGUGCAAAUCAUGAGAGCAGCUUUGGAGGCGUGCCAUAAAGGAUGGGGUGAGAGUGUCAUCAUUGGUGUGGCCGGAGCUGGACAGGAGAUCUCCACCAGACCCUUCCAACUGGUGACAGGCCGAGUGUGGAGGGGCACAGCCUUUGGAGGCUGGAAAAGUGUGGAGAGUGUUCCUAAACUGGUGGAGGACUACAUGAAUAAGAAGCUGAAGGUGGAUGAAUUUGUAACCCACACUCUGCCCUUUGAGCAGAUCAAUGAGGGUUUUGAACUCAUGCAUGCCGGAAAGAGUAUCCGUGCUGUGCUGACCUUCUGAAGUGCCUCAAACAUCGACAUCUGCCCUUGAAACAAUCUCUGUUCAUAGUUGCAGCACUUAAUACAUUUCUUUGCACUUGGUUUGAUUUAAUAAAUUUCAGUGUUAGAAGCUAAACAAAACUGUCAUAAAAGAGUUUUGAGUUUGGAUUACUCUCUGUGUUGUCUGUUUAAUUGACUAACAUGAUGUUUUAUAAGAAAAGAAUACAUGUGAACUGGGAGGACAUUGGCUGCUGCACUUGUUAUAAAAAGUUAAAGGGAA